UUGAAGAAAACAAAACAUGGCGGCGGAGCCGAAGCCGUUGAAAACGCCUGAAAUGUCACCAACAGUUGGGAAAAGUGUAUCGUCAUGACCAGGAUCUAUUUCUCCUGCACUUACGCAUUUCUCUGGGGCCUUAAUGGAGCUGGAUGAAUACAGACCAUCUAUUGCAGACCAAGUCCGCAUUGGUUACUUCAGUCAAGACAGGUCUUCACAAACUGAUGCCUCUGAAAUAGCACAGCUGAAGGAGAUGACAGAAGUCUUACAAAAUCUUGUCAGGGACAUUGAAAACCUGAAAAGGAGUUUGCAUUAUGCUAAACAUGUUCUCCAUGCAGAUUAGGAGAAUAAACUACAAGAGAGAGCUUUGGACUUAUAUUGUAGAGUUAAUGACAGAAUAUUGGAGAUGGAGAAACAGCAUGAAGAGCGUGUCAAUGUGAUCAGAAGAAGCUAUCGUCAACAGCUUGCUGAUGCUAUAACGCAGAUCUCAAGCCAACACCAGGAGUAUUAUGCAAAAAAGAACAAGCAAGACAAAGCCAGAUUUUCUGAAAAGCUCAAAAAGGUCCAAGACGACGAUGAAGAAAAGAAAAAAGCUAAACAACAGCAGGACUCCAUCAUAGAGAUGAUGAAGAUGCAAAUGAGAGAUGCACAGGAGAGAGCCGAUAGAGAACUGCAGGACGUACUCAACAGACCCAAAUCAGCAAGUAGUGUUUAUACAGAUCCUGAGAUUUAUGACCUGCGAGAGGAAAUUGAGAAAUUAGAGAACAAAGUGGAUGAUUUGAUGAAUGAACUGGAUGACAAAGAAGCUGAAAACAGACGCUUAGCAACUGAUAUUGACGAUUUAAAUGAACAACUUAGAGGUGAACGACAGCAAAUCCAACAGUUGAAAAAAGAUCUGUCCGAUGCUUUGCUCGAAGCUGAACAUGAUCGAAACAACUUCAAAGCUGAGCUGUCUAUUGAUCAAGAAUCUUCUCACAAGUUAAAUGACGAGGUCAAAACUGUGGAUCAAACCACCAUGUUCUUCCUCCUGCAAAAACAGAGAGCACAGCUUCAAAGAGAGAUGGACAGCAAGCUACAGGAGACCAAAAGCAAUUUGAUGGCAGCUUCGCGGAAACAAGUUGCGGAGCUUCAGAGAGCUCAUGACCAGAAGAUUAAAGAACAGGAGAUUUUGAAGGAGAAGAGAAAGUUGUUGGAGAGUCGGCAAACUGAGUCCACCACUCUUGCACCAUCUGAAAGCACCACUGUCACCCGACGACUACUUACCGAGCGGGUUCCAGUAGUCCACUAUGAGCCAGGCGUCCUGGUGUCCAGGCUCAGGCGAAUGGAGAAGCCUCAGCUAGAUGAGUCUGAGAAAGAUGAGUUGCUGAGAAAAUUACAAAAACUGGAAAAGAAACAGAGAGCUGAGAUUGUAAGGCUGCAAAAAGAACUUGACAGAGUGAACAGAACCUGGGAAAUGAAAGUCACCAUUUUGCAAAAAACGUUACACGCACUGAAGGACGAAAGUUUCUUGAGAACUUCCCUUCAACGACAAGCGGCCAGACUUCAGCAAGCUGCUGUGGUGUAUGCGAGUGAUGGUCCUGCAGUUAUCGUCAAAGAUAGGAAAGAUUACACGGCAAGGCCAUUUAGAACCCUGGUACUGCCUGAUGACACCAAGCACACAGAACCCGACAACACAGCUGAAAGACCGGUCGCGGGUACACCCUUCACCGAGGAUCGACCAACUUCUGCUCUGCCUUUGGAAAACGAACCACGCUUAGAGAGUAACAAAGACGCAAGCUUGAUAGCCAAUCCAGGAGUCGAUGAUAUUGGGACACAAGAAAAGAAUGACAAUUCGUCGAUGUUAGAAAGUUCAACUUCGGCGCACCAUGUAGUAGAUCCCGUGUGAAUUAAAGUGCCAUCUUCCUUGUUAUCCACUAAAGUAUUUGUUAUUUGCUCGUUUUGACGUUGUAAGGGAGACGUGGAAGAGACAUUAAACUAUUUAUUCUGGCGCAA